GAGGCAGCGGACUGAAACUCUAGGCCUAGUGGGGGCGGGCGGGAGGGAAAGCGCUUCAGAAGACAGGCGGCAGGUCGGAGCCCAGAGCCCUGCGCUAGCAGAUAGCGUGGGUGUGGCCCUUAUCCACCUCCCAGCCCCCGCACCCGGGACGCCGGCGGCGUGAUGUGUUGAGACCUCUGUCUCCUCCUUUCCCCUCAUUUUUCUCGUUCCUCUCGUGGGCUUCACCAUGGGCCGGACCGUGGUCGUGCUGGGCGGAGGGAUCAGCGGCUUGGCCGCUAGUUACCACCUGAGCCGGGCCCCUUGUCCCCCCAAGGUGGUCUUGGUGGAGGGCAGCGAGCGCCUGGGAGGCUGGAUCCGCUCGGUACGAGGCCCAGAUGGUGCUGUCUUUGAACUUGGACCUCGAGGAAUUCGGCCGGCGGGAGUCCUGGGAGCCCGGACCCUGCUCAUGGUUUCCGAGCUUGGCUUGGACUCAGAAGUGUUGCCUGUCCGGGGAGACCAUGCAGCUGCCCAGAACAGGUUCCUGUAUGUAGGUGGCGCCCUGCACGCCCUGCCCUCUGGCAUCAGGGGGCUACUCCGCCCUUCACCUCCCUUCUCCAAACCUCUGUUUUGGGCUGGGCUGAAGGAGUUGACUACGCCCCGGGGCAAAGACCCUGAUGAGACUGUGCACAGUUUCGCCGAGCGCCGCCUUGGUCCUGAGGUGGCGUCUCUAGCCAUGGACAGUCUUUGCCGUGGAGUGUUUGCAGGCAACAGCCGUGAGCUCAGCAUGAGGUCCUGCUUUCCCAGUCUCUUCCAAGCUGAGCAAACCCAUCGUUCCAUAUUACUGGGGCUGCUGCUGGGGGCAGGGCAGGGCCCACAGCCAGACUCAGCACUUAUUCGCCAGGCUCGGGCUGAGCGCUGGAGCCAGUGGUCACUCCGUGGAGGGCUGGAGACAUUGCCUCAGGCCCUUAACACCCACCUGACUAGUAGGGGUGUCAGUGUUCUCAGAGGCCAGCCAGUCUGUGGGCUCAGCCUCCAAGCAGAAGGGUGCUGGAAGGUGUCUCUAGGGGACAGCAACCUGGAGGCUGACCACAUUAUUAGUGCCAUUCCAGCUUCAGUGCUCAGCAAGCUGCUCCCUGCCGAGGCUGCACCUCUGGCUCGUGCUCUGAGUACCAUCACUGCUGUGUCUGUGGCUGUGGUGAAUCUGCAGUACCGAGGAGCUCGUCUGCCUGUCCAGGGAUUUGGACAUCUGGUGCCAUCCUCAGAAGACCCAGGCAUCCUGGGAAUCGUGUAUGACUCAGUUGCUUUCCCUGAGCAGGAUGGGAGCCCCCCUGGCCUCAGAGUGACUGUGAUGUUGGGAGGUUCCUGGUUACAGACAUUAGAAGCCAGGGGCAGUGUCUUAUCUCAGGAGCUGUUCCAAAAGGAGGCAGAGAAAGCAGCUGCCACUCAGUUAGGACUGAAGGAGCCACCAAGUCACUGCUUGGUCCAUCUACACAAGAACUGUAUCCCCCAGUAUACUUUAGGCCACUGGCAAAAAUUGGAGUCAGCUACCCAAUUCCUGGCUGCUCAGAAGCUGCCUUUGACUCUGGCCGGAGCCUCGUACGAGGGGGUUGCUGUCAAUGAUUGUAUAGAGAGUGGGCGCCAGGCAGCAGCCCGUGUCCUGGGCACAGAACCUAACAGUUGAUCCUCAAACCUCACUUCUUCCUGCCUCUGCUGACAGGGACUCUCUCACCCAUGAAAAUAAAAGUUGCUGGAGCUUG